UGAAAUGUUACCUGAUGACAAUAAAUGCAUCAACAAGUAGAAUGUGGUUAAGAUCAUUGAACAGUCCAGCAGAAGGGACUGGGGGGUGUGGUCAUAGUGUUAGUUUUUGUUGAGGAGUGGGAGCUCUGUUUUAUACCCAAGCAGUAAUAAGAUUAGCAGUCUAAUCCAGGAGGAGUCAGGAAUAGAACCACACUCCCCCCACAAAGAGCACAGGGUGGAAUACCGUGCAUGGAGGUAAUCACAGAGAAACACACUCUGCAACAUUUCUGCACAUUCUUUUCUUUCUUCAUUUGAUCCUGGUGAGUUGGAUGGGGAGUUGGCAGUGGAUCCUGUGGCUACUUGUUAUCACCCCACCCCAUUGAACAGAGAUAAUCUGAGACCAAUCAAAUCAAGCGAAGCCACGGGAUUGACUUCCCAAAGACCUCGAGAGGGAAAGACAACGUCAGAGGCUGAUGUCAGAAAUGUUGGCAGCCGCCGCUCUGAGCCACUUGUCUUCUGAGAUGGUGGUCACAGGCACCUCGUCCCACUUACAACAGGCUUUGCUAUGACUGUGGAUGUCAGCCUGAAUGACUGCUCACAUGGCUCUCCAGGCAAAUACCAGAGGUGGAGCUCUGAUGGAAUACCUCAGAGCCCCCAGGGCCAACUACACAAUAGUAGGAGAAGCUAUACGUUACGUCAUCCCUGCUCCUAUGCAAUGCUCCAUCGGCUGCGGAGGUCACGCCUGCAAGUAUGACAACCCGAGUUAUUGGAGUGAUGACCAGCAAGCUAUAAAAGGCCUCUACUCAUCCUGGGUUACUGAUCAUCUUCUUGCUAUGUCCAGACCCUCGACAGAAAUCAUUGAGAAAUAUGACAUUAUUGAUCAAUUCAGAAGGAACAGUAUUAAAACAGUGAUCAACCUACAGAUACCUGGCGAACAUGCCAGCUGUGGAAACCCUCUGGAGCCAGAGAGCGGCUUCUCAUACCUCCCGGAGGUCUUCAUGGAGAACAACAUUUAUUUCUACAAUUUUGGCUGGAGCGACUAUGGAGUGGCCAAUAUCACCACUGUGCUGGACAUGGUGAAGGUCAUGGCCUUCGCGCAGCAGGAGGGAAAGACGGCAGUUCACUGUCACGCUGGUCUCGGCAGAACAGGUGUGCUGUUAGCAUGUUUCUUGGCCUUUUCCACCAGGAUGACUGCUAACCAGGCUAUUUUGUAUGUGCGAGCUAAACGCCCCGGUUCUAUCCAGACCCGAGGUCAGCUGCGUUGUGUCAGAGACUUUGUCCAGUUCCUUGCCCCUUUGAGGAGUGUGUUCUCCUGUGCCGAGCCUCGGUCCAACCCAGUCACCCUGUCGCAGUACCUGCACCGCCAGAGACACGUCCUGCAUGGCUACGAGAGGAAGGAGCUGCGGCACCUACCAAAGAUCGUCCGGCUUGUGUCGAGACUUCUGAAGGACAUUGCAGAGAACCGACAGGUGAUCGAGGAGGACAUUAUAGAGGCCCCUGACAUUUAUGACAUAGAGAUGACUCUCAGCGUCAUUGAGAAGCUGGGCCCUGAAAUGUUUGCCAAGCAGCCCCGCUUACCUGGUUCGCCCACCUUACCCAGGCAUUUCCACGAGCCGCCCAUCUUCUACCACCGCAAAAGUCUGAGCUACAGUGAGUCCGACUUGAGACGACUGGGCUCGGAGCUCAACCUUCUCACGCAACCCCUCAGAUCCCUGUCGCAGAAAAAUGUAGAAAAGCCUGUCGCACCCCAGCGUCAGGACAGGAACAGCAACAUGUCUGAGGUCUCGCACGGCUCAACAGGCUCACUGUGGCAAGUCAAGAACGUAGAAAACCAAGAUGGAUCCAUUCUGUUGAGGAAGGUCCAACAGGAAUACAUCCAGCGCAGCGGGUCCUUUAGGAACAAGGAAUCUACCCAGAAGGGAACCAUGUUGUCCAGGUGGAAGGCAGAGCAGAGGGAGGAGUUGGGGAUGAAUGGCACGAAGCCUCGAGAUAGAAAGGAGGAGCAAUCGGAGAAGUCGGAGGUGCCCUACAUCACUCUGCAGACGGAGUUGUCCCUGGACGCCAGGAGGCUGCUGGUGGCACAGGCCCUGGCAGUGGAUCUGUUUCUCGAAGGGGAAGAACAGCACAAGAGCAAAGUCUUAGCCUGGCAGGCAGAGCUGAACCAAGGCGGUGCGUGGGAGAGGCUGUUAAUGGAGCGGGACCCCUUCAUCCUCACCGGGCUCAUGUGGGCUUGGAUGGAGCAACUUAAAGAGCCGGUCAUCUCCGUCCAGGCCGUCAAAGCCCUGAACCCUGACAACCCCGAUCCUCAAACUGUCCUCAACACACUCGACCAGGUCAGAGGUGACUCUGUGCUGAUUCACACUUGUAACAACAGCAAUGCAACAAUUCAUUCUUUUGACUCCGCCCUCCUCGUCACCUCUUCCCAGGCUCCUAGACAGACACUACGGUGCAUACUGGACUGCAUGGCUAACCUGUUGAUGAUAUCAGAAGAGGUGGAAAAUGCAUUCCUAAAUCGAACUAUCAAAGCUUUCACCUGGGUGGAGAAUAACUCAGAGGAGGGGAGGCAAGUAUUCGAGACCAUGACUCCAGUCCUGAGGUGUGUCCUCGAAGACACCAGAUUUACGAGAAUGGACGAAGAUGAGACACUCUCGUCUCCCUUCGCUUAAUCAUAGGACCAGUUAUGUAUGUGUGGUGCACUCUGACUCCAUGUGGAGGCAAGAAAGAGGAAAGGGAAGCUUUUUGUGCCUUGUGACAAAUCUAUUUAAUGUUUAAUAACUCGUUUGUCAAUAUGGGGGAUUUAUAUAAUGUAUAAAGAUUCAUGGUAUGUAGUUUAUUGCCACUAAUACAAAGCUCGCCUCAGUAUUAUCUGACCUAAGUAGUGAGUGGAGGCAACAUAAUGAAGAACAGGUCACCAGAAUAUUUACUUUUGCAAUACUUCAUGCCUUAAGCUUGGUCAUAUUCAUCCAUAACAGUGACAUACCUCAGCUCCAUGAUCAUAGAACAUUUUCUUCACAUAUUGUAUCACACAGCGUAUCAAUGCCUUUCCCAUAACAUAGUGCUUCUUAUCUGUAUUAUAAGUUACAUUCUCUUCUUUUUUGUAAACACAGACCUACCAAAGAACACCAUAAUAACGAGUAUAUGACGAACAGUUGGUAAUAAAAGCAGAUGUUCCUCCUUCCCGUGGGUCGUGCAAAUAAAGGCGCUUGUCUCUGUGAAGCAGUGACGCUCAGGAGUUGAAAAAAUAAGCUUUCAGGACGUCUUUCCCAUCUUUCCCUUCCACCGAGGCCACGAUGCUGGUGUAGUCACUCGCAACAUGAGUGAACCCUCUGGUGACAGGGCACAAAAGAAGAAAGACACAAAAUUAGUAAAUGAACACAAGCUGACGGGCGAUGCACACGCUGUUUAUAAUCCAAUCAGACAAUGCUAACGUUUUGAUAUUGUAAUACCACGAAUCCAUCAAGACAUCAUUUAUACCAUGUGAUGACGAAUCAUUGGUUCAUCUCAAUAAAAUUGUAGAUCAUG